UGCCGAGGUAGAAAAACAGUCAAACUAACCAAACUCUUCUGACACAUCAAUAGGUUUCAAGACCUUCUCUUCCAGGGACAACCUAGUUGUUUGGAAAUGGCCCUAAGAAGAAGCAAACCCGAGGAUUCCUGCAAUGCCGCGUCUCCUUCUAUCUCGGAGCUUGAUGCAAGGAAUUCCUCCAGCCCUCACGACACCGUUUGCUCCCGCCUCUCUCUGUUCUCUGCCGGCGCCACCGCAGCCCCCAUUCCCGAGGCCCCCACGUCUCUCCGCAGGACUCAGCCUCCACCCGCCGCGGCUGCUUCUCCUCACGACCCUCCCAAGCUGCUACCUGGUCGCCAGACGUUCGGAACCAUGAACACUCUGGCUGCCGCCUUCCUAGACCACCCUGGGCAGAUGCCUUCUCUAGUUCUGGCAGCCGGAGAAGAAGAAAAUCCCUCCUAUCUGCCACUCCGCGUCCCCCAAAGCCAGCGCCGCCGCCUACCUGUCAGCCCGCUGCCUCCGGCUCCUUACCGCCACCGCCUCCCGCAGCAGCCUGCCAACUGCAGCGCAACAACCCGUCCUCCCGUUGGGUGAGUCCACGCUCCAACAACAGCCCCGCUUAUUGGCGGCAAGCUGCCCGCGGCCCGCCCCCUGUGCAGUAUCUAAAGAUAACCGUCUCCGAGCAAGGGCAACGUGGCUUCUUCCCCGCCCUUCUGCCCUCAGUUUCUCUUACCGCGGU